AUGGCUGAGCCCAAGGUAGAGACCCGGACCAGCAUGGACUGGCAGAAACGCUACCUGGCGCUGGAAACCCAGCUUGUGCGGUUCCGCCUGCAAGCCAGCAAGAUACGGGAGCUGCUUUCUGACAAGAUGCAAGAGCUGGAGCAGAGGCUGCAGGAGGCCGAGCAGAGGGCAGAGAACGCGGAGACCCAGGUGAGUGUGAUGGAGGAGAAGGUGAAGCUCUCCAACCUGAGGAACGUGGACUCCGCGGGCAGUCUGCACCGGAAGUACCAGGAGCUGCUGAGAGCCGUGCAGGGCAAAGAUGAGCGCAUCGGCCAGCUGGAGGCACAGCUGGAGAAGCAGAAGCAGAUGAGAGCCGAGGAAGCAAAAACUGUUCAAGAAAAAGCUGCCAAGAUCAAGGAAUGGGUGACCCUAAAGUUGGGAGAGCUGGAGAUGGAGAACCAGCAGCUGAAAAGCUGUAAUCAGCGCCUGGUGGAGCAGGUGGCAGCUCUUCAAGAGGCCCUAGAAGCUCUCCAGAUGGCGCUUUCCGAGAACCUGCUGGCGGCCCCCCAGGAGACCUCAGAGCAGGGUUCUGCCCCUGCAGGGCCAGGGGCCCCGCUGAUGGGGCAGGACGGCGGUGCUCAGGCCCAGGACGCUCUGAAGGCCGCCCUGCCGGCCCCCGGCCCAGGGUCUCCGCAGAGCGAGGACCCGGUCCCUGAGGCGAGGAGCGGCCUGGAGGAGUUCAGUGCCACCACGGUCCGCCCCGGGGGACCGUCAGAGGCCAGGGCCCUCCCCUCUCGUCUGGGCAGAGAGGGCCCUCCUGGCCAGCUGUGCCUGAAGGCUUGCUCCCCCAGGCAUGCUCUGUCGUCCUGGGCUGAGGGCCUGGUCACCGCUCAGGGAGGGCCGCCCCCGGGGACCAAGACCUCUGCCCGGGAAGGUGGCCCCGGCUGCAGCCUGACCCUCCCGAAGCUGCGGGCUCCCGGGACCCCCCACGCCAGCGUCCCGCUGGCCAAGCGGCACCACAGCCAGCCCCCCGGGGGCCCUGAGCGCCCCAACCCCGUGGCGAGCGUGGAGAUCGGGACGCUGGCCGCCCUCCCCGACGCCGGCCUUCCCGAGGGGGCGGCCCCCGCGGAGCCCGAGGAGGAGCCGGAGAAGAUGGAGAUGGAGGAGCCAGCCCCAGCCGGGAGGAAGGAGGAACGAGAGAGCCGGAAGGUCUCCACCGCGGAGCUGCUGGAAGUGGAUUUGGGGAGCAAGCCGCCCACACCCCCCUUGCACCGGUUUCCGUCCUGGGAGAGCCGCAUCUACGCCGUGGCCACGUCAGGCAUGUGUCUCUCGGACGUGCCUCCCCGGAGUAGUGCCACCUGCUUCGGUUCAAGGCCUCCCUCUCUUUCGUCCCCUGGGCCCUUCUCCAGCCUUGUCUACAAGAACUGCUCGGUGCCUGUCUACACAGUCCUGAAGGGGAGAGUCACACAGAUCAGCACCGUGCCCUUUGUGGACGAGUCCUCUGGCUCCGAUGACGACUGCAGCUCUCAGGCGAGUUUCCAGAGCUCGGUCCCCUGCUCUGAGCCCAGGAAGACCAGCGGGCUAGGCAGCCCCCGGGCUAUCAAGAGAGGUGUCUCCAUGUCCUCUCUGAGCUCGGAGGGCGACUACGCCAUCCCUCCAGAUGCCUGCUCCUUGGACAGCGACUACUCAGAGCCUGAGCACAAACUACAGCGCACCUCCUCCUACUCCACCGAGGGGCCGACCCUGGGCAGGGAGUCGCUGGAGAAGUCGGGCUACCUGCUGAAAAUGGGCAGCCGGGUGAAGACGUGGAAGAGGCGCUGGUUCGUCCUGAGGCAGGGACAGAUCCUGUACUACAAGUCCCCGAGUGACAUCAUCCGGAAACCCCAAGGGCAGGUGGAACUGAACUCUCGUUGCCAGAUUGUUCGAGAGGAGGGUGCACAGACCUUCCAGCUCAUCUCUGAGAAGAAAACCUAUUACCUGACGGCGGACUCGCCCUGCCUGCUGGAGGAGUGGAUCCGGGUGCUGCAGAGGUUGCUGAAGGUCCAGGCCCUUGGGCCGCCGGCCCUGCCUCAGGGGGGCACCAAGCCCACCGUGAAGGGCUGGCUGACCAAGGUAAAGCAUGGCCACUCCAAGCUGGUCUGGUGUGCUCUCGUCGGGAGAACCUUCUUCUACUAUCGGAGCCACGAGGACAAGCGACCCCUGGGCCACCUGCCCGUGCAGGACGCACGCAUAGAGGAAGUGGACCGGUCCUGUGACUCCGACGAGGACUACGAGGCCGGAGGCACCGGGCGGCUGCUCUCCUCCCACUGCACCCUGGGGAUCCACCCCCCGGAGCACAGCCCCACCUACCUCCUCAUUGGCACCAAGCAUGAGAAGGACACGUGGCUCUAUCACCUCACCGUGGCCGCAGGGGGCAGCAGCGCCAAGGUGGGGACCGCCUACGAGCAGCUCAUUGGCAAACUGAUGGAUGAUGAGGGAGACCCAGACUCCCCCCUCUGGAGGCACCCCAUGCUGUGCUACAGCAAAGAUGGGCUGCACACGUCCCUCACCACCCUGCCCUCCGAGGCCCUGCAGACCGAGGCCCUCAAGCUCUUCAAGUGCUGCCAGCUCUUCAUCAACGUGCCCGUGGAGGCCGCCUCGGUGGACUACCAUGUGUCCCUGGUGCAGAGGGCCCUGCAGGUGUGCCUGGUGCACCCUGAGCUGCAGAGCGAGAUCUACUGCCAGCUCAUGAAGCAGACCAGCUGUCGCCCACCGCAGAAGUACUCCCUCAUGCAGUGCUGGCAGCUCCUGGCUCUGUGCGCCCCCCUCUUCCUGCCUCAGCACCCCUUCCUCUGGUACAUCAAACAGCAGCUCCAGCGCCACGCAGACCCCAGAAGUGAGACUGGCCAGUAUGCCACCUACUGCCAGCGGGCCGUGGAGCGGACCCUGCAGACGGGGGAGCGGGAGGCCAGGCCGUCGCGCAUGGAGGUGGUGUCCAUCCUGCUGCGGAACCCCUUCCACCACUCCCUGCCCUUCAGCAUCCCCGUGCACUUCGCCAACGGGACCUACCAGGUGGUGGGCUUCGACGGCUCCUCCACGGUUGAUGAGUUCCUCCAGCGGCUGAACCAGGAGACGGGCAUGAGGAAACCGUCCCACUCCGGCUUUGCCCUCUUCACGGACGACCCGGCCGGCCGGGCCCUGGAGCACUGCCUGCAGGGGAGCGUCAAGAUCUGCGAUGCCAUUUCCAAGUGGGAACAAGCCCUGAAGGAGCUGCACUCCAGGAAGUCCGAGGGUGGCACGCGUGUCGUGAGGCUGAUGUACAAGAGCAGGCUGUACUUUCGGGGUCAAGUCAAAGGGGAGACGGAGCGUGAGCGUCUGCUGCUUGCCUUCCAGACCAGUGGCGAGAUCGUGGCGGGGAGGUUUCCUGUCAACAAGGAGCUGGCUCUGGAGAUGGCUGCCCUCAUGGCCCAGGUGGAGUUUGGGGACUUGGAGAAGCACCUCUCGCCAAGCCCUGGGGGCACACCCCCUUCCAAGGCUCAGCACCACCUGCAGCAGGUGCUGGACAGGUUCUACCCCAGGCGCUACCGAUACGGGACACCCACGGAGCAGCUGAGACAUCUCGUAGAUCAGCUGACCACAAAGUGGGCAGCACUGCAAGGCUGCUCCCCUCCUGAGUGCGUCCGCAUCUACCUGACUGUGGCCCGGAAAUGGGCCUUCUUUGGUGCUAAGCUCUUUGCUGCUCAGCCUGUGCCGCUGUCUUCCAAGGAGAACCCUCUGGUGUGGAUUGCUGUGAAUGAGGACGGUGUCAGCAUCCUGGACCACAACACCAUGCAAGUGCGUGUCACCUACCCCUACUCUUCAGUGACGACCUUUGGUGGCUGCCGGGAUGACUUCAUGCUUGUGAUUAGAUCCAUUCCAGACCAGAGCUCUGGAAAAGGCCACGUUGACAAGUUGACCUUCCGGAUGGCCGCUCCUAAGAUUGCAGAGGCUACUCUCCUCAUGGCCAGCUACAUGAGCCACUGCUCCAUAACUGUGACCACUCCCACCAAGCCCCCUGCUGCCCAGCCGUGGGAGCUGGCUGGGCAACAGCUCUUCGCUUCUCUUCCGCGAGCUGCCAAGGGGCCGACGCUGCUAUGA